UCUGGGACUUCCUGAAAGGCAUGCGCCGCGAGCGCACCAUUCUCCUAACGACCCACUACAUGGACGAGGCCGACGUCAUGGGGGACAGAAUCAUGAUCAUGGCCGAGGGUGUGGUCAAAUGUGCAGGCACGCCGAUGUUUCUCAAACAAAUUUACGGUACACAUUAUGUUUUCUUUUUUUUGUUGUGUCUUAAACUGAUGAUUAAUUAUCUGCGCGUCUUCUGUGCAUCAUUUUACUCUACGGGCGGUUCAUUGGUACACGCCAUAACUAAUAUGGAAGCUUUUGUAUAUAUUUUGCUUCUGGUGUGGCUUCUUCUUUUCACAACCCUACUCAACAUGUUUUAUAUUAAUAGUACUGAGUGAGGAAAAAAGCGUCUUGUCAAGCAGCGGGCGUCGUGUGUGACGGAUGAAAUAAGUUAAAAAUGUUGAAUUUUUUUUCGGAGGCGACUGUUACGUUGAUCAAUAAAGGGUCACGGGCAUGUUGUAGGUCUGUUUCUAGGACUUUCUGUAGGACUAUUUGUAGGACUGUCAAAAGGGGUUAUGUGUAGGAAUGUUGUUUAAAGGUCGGCAGGUAGAGUGUAGCACUGUACAUAGGCAUAUUAUUUAAAGGCUGGCAGGUGUAAGAGUGUAGGCCUAUUUUUUUAAAAAUACCCGGACCCAGUGUAAAAAAAAACAAAAAACAACUGCACCCGAUUAAGAAGUAGCAGUAAAUAUAUUUUAAUAUUUAUAUAUAGUUAUUUAUAGUAUAUAUAUAUAUCUACUUGGGUAGUCGCGUCACUAGGCUGAUAUCAACCAUUUUGCUAAACUCGUUUUACCAUAUUCUCCCCAGCACACCACGAUUUCUCUAAAUCUGCCUGCCCUAGUGAUACCCUACUCCGGCGAUACCAUUCUACGGUGAUACCCUUCUCUUGAGAUAUACUUCUCUAGUGACACCCUUCUCUUGAGAUAUACUUCUCUAGUGACACCCUUCUCUUGAGAUAUACUUCUCUAGCGACACCCUUCUCUUGAGAUAUACUUCUCUAGCGACACCCUUCUCUUGAGAUAUUCUUCUCUAGUGACACCCUUCUCUUGAGAUAUACUUCUCUAGUGACACCCUUCUCUUGAGAUAUACUUUUCUAGCGACACCCUUCUCUUGAGAUAUACUUCUCUAGCGACACCCUUCUCUUGAGAUAUACUUCUCUAGUGACACCCUUCUCUUGAGAUAUACUUCUCUAGUGACACCCUUCUCUUGAGAUAUACUUCUCUAGUGACACCCUUCUCUUGAGAUAUACUUCUCUAGUGACACCCUUCUCUUGAGAUAUACUUCUCUAGUGACACCCUUCUCUUGAGAUAUACUUCUCUAGUGACACCCUUCUCUUGAGAUAUACUUCUCUAGUGACACCCUUCUCUUGAGAUAUACUUCUCUAGCGACACCCUUCUCUUGAGAUAUACUUCUCUAGCGACACCCUUCUCUUGAGAUAUACUUCUCUAGCGACACCCUUCUCUUGAGAUAUACUUCUCUAGUGACACCCUUCUCUUGAGAUAUACUUCUCUAGUGACACCUUUCUCUUGAGAUAUACUUCUCUAUUGACACCCUUCUCUUGAGAUAUACUUCUCUAGUGACACCUUUCUCUUGAGAUAUACUUCUCUAGUGACACCCUUCUUUUGAGAUAUACUUCUCUAGUGACACCCUUCUCUUGAGAUAUACUUCUCUAGUGACACCCUUCUCUUGAGAUAUACUUUUCUAGUGAUUCCCUUCUCUACUGCCGCCAUGCUCUUGUAUAUGACUCGUUCUUUUAUUGAAAAUUCUCAAGCGUGUUCGGACACAGUUUCAUACUUCCACCCGAUGUCACCGCAGUCAGGUUGCCCAUGGGGUGCUUUUCUCAGCCCACUGACGCCGCGCUAGCCCUUUCGUUUGUUGCCGUUGUAUAAUUUAUUAUAUUCUUUGGUAGUAUGUCUCUUGAUAGUAGGAUCAUUUCACUGUUGUGACUAUUUAGAUGUGAUCUUAAGUUAUUGAACAUGGUUCAUUCAUUGUACGAAUUUAGAAUUUAAAUUAAUUAUUUUUUUCCCGAAACAUACUUUUAGGCUGCUCGAGAAUUUUCAGGCGUCGAUUGAAUGCCUGAGUUGAAUCAAUGCCUGGGUUGAAUAUAUGCGUAAAGCACCAAUAUUCAGAGACCACAAACUACAAUAUAAGGCAGCUUAAAAUGAUAUCUUAUUUUGAUAUUUCUCGCAACGUUAGAACAAUCUAAACUUUCUUGACAAAUUCACAACUUUAUCACGCUAAUUUACUGAACCUUUUUGUCAUAUCGGAAAUAUAGUCUGAUCUGUUGCCGACGAAGAUAUACUGUAGUGAAUCUGAUGGUCCCAAAGUUUAUUCUGUAACCAUGCAGAUAUUCUGUAGUGAAACUGAUGGCCACAUAGUUUUAUCUUGAGUCGAAGUAGAUAAUACAGUAGUAAAACUAUUCUUAAUCUUUUUUUGUUUUACCUAUAGCCGAUGUAGAUAUAUUGCAGUGAAACUCAUGAUUACGUAUGUUUGUUUUUUCCCCCUACAAGGCACCGGUUACCAAAUGAACGUCGUAAUAUCAGAGAAGUGCAACUCCCAAAGCUUGACUUCACUCAUUCGCAAAUUCAUACCCGAGGCAAAGCGCAAGGUGAGAGAUGAUCUUAACAUCGAAUAUUCUGAUGAAACAAUAUGGGUUUAAAAAAAAAAAUAAAAUAAAAAAAUUUAAAAACAAAUUUAUUUUCCGCAUUUGUUCCCGGUACACAAGUGGAUGUUGAUUCAAAACCCCAAGUCGGCCGCUGUCACCCCAAUCUGGCGGCUUUACAUGGGCUUUACUUCGUCCCCAAGAACCUUUGCCUUGAAAAGGCUCCACUCUACCCGGCUAUUUAUCCGUUCAUGCUCCCGGCAAAAUUUGAGCCUGAUACCUCCUCCGUUCUAUUCACGUUUUAUGGCAUAAAGUGCUCGACGUCUGCUCCGUUCGACGUCCGCUCCGUUCGACGUCCGCUCCGUUCGACGUCCGCUCCGUUCGCCGUCCGCUCCGUUCGACGUCCGCUCCGUUCGACGUCCGCUCCGUUCGACGUCCACUCCGUUCGACGUCCGCUCUGUUUGACGUCCGCUCUGUUAUUUAAACUGUGAUGGGUCUCACAAUGUUAUUUAAACAUUGAUGGGUCUCACUAUUCUUAUUUAAAUUGUGAUGGGUCUCACAAUGUUAUUUAAACUGUGAUGGGCCUCACAAUGUUAUUUAAACUGUGAUGGGUCUCACAAUGUUAUUUAAACUGUGAUGGGCCUCACAAUGUUAUUUAAACUGUGAUGGGUCUCACUAUUCUUAUUUAAACUGUGAUGGGUCUCACAAUGUUAUUUAAACUGUGAUGGGUCUCACUAUUCUUAUUUAAACUGUGAUGGGUCUCACAAUGUUAUUUAAACUGUGAUGGGUCUCACAAUGUUAUUUAAACAUUGAUGGGUCUCACAAUGUUAUUUAAACUGUGAUGGGUCUCACAAUGUUAUUUAAACUGUGAUGGGUCUCACUUUUCUUAUUUACAUUGUGAUGGGUCUCACUAUUCUUAUUUAAAUUGUGAUGGGUCUCACAAUGUUAUUUAAACUGUGAUGGGCCUCACAAUGUUAUUUAAACUGUGAUGGGUCUAACUAUUCUUAUUUAAACUGUGAUGGGUCUCACAAUGUUAUUUAAACUGUGAUGGGUCUCACUAUUCUUAUUUAAACUGUGAUGGGUCUCACACUGUUAUUUAAACAUUGAUGGGUCUCACAAUGUUAUUUAAACUGUGAUGGGUCUCACAAUGUUAUUUAAACUGUGAUUGGUCUCACAAUGUUAUUUAAACUGUGAUGGGUCUCACAAUGUUAUUUAAACUGUGAUUGGUCUCACAAUGUUAUUUAAACUGUGAUGGGUCUUUCUUUUCUUUUUUAAACAUUGAUUGGUCUCACAAUGUUAUUUAAACUGUGAUGGGUCUCACUAUUCUUAUUUAAACUGUGAUGGGUCUCACUAUUCUUAUUUAAACUGUGAUGGGCCUCACUUUUCUUAUUUAAAUUGUGAUGGGUCUCACUAUUCUUAUUUAAACUGUGAUGGGUCUCACUAUUCUUAUUUAAACUGUGAUGGGUCUCACAAUGUUAUUUAAACAUUGAUGGGUCUCACAAUGUUAUUUAAACUGUGAUGGGUCUCACAAUGUUAUUUAAACUGUGAUUGGUCUCACAAUGUUAUUUAAACUGUGAUGGGUCUCACUAUUCUUAUUUAAACUGUGAUGGGUCUCACAAUGUUAUUUAAACUGUGAUGGGUCUCACAAUGGUAUUUAAACUGUGAUGGGUCUCACUAUGCUAUUUACGGAACAGGGUGAGACGUCCAACGAAAUCUACUACCUUCUCCCCGACGAGCAGAUGCACCUUCUGCCCAAACUGUUCGCUGAGUUGGAGGAGAACAUGGAAACUCUUCACAUUUCAAGUUUUGGUAUAACGGCGACAUCCAUGGAGGAUGUCUUCAUAAGGUGA